ACGCCGGGAGAAGAAGAAGACUCACACGCGCGAAUUUGAUGAGUAGUUUUAGGUCUUCAGACCCUAUAGUUGGCUGUCCCGUUACCAGGUUUAGGACGGACUCUGUAAGUUGUCAUCUGAGUUCCUAACAUCGCACAUGAAAGAUAGUUUGGUUAUGUUUAAAUGAAUCGUUUUUUUCAACUCAUAGAGUGCAUUGUAAGCUAGCUUAGCUAACGAUGAAGACACUUUAGACAGUUAAUAAAUCGCAGUUACCCCUGCUUGUUUAGAUUUAAACGGUCCCCAUUUUUUUACGCCUCUAAACGUUACCAACAAAGUUUCGUUUUGCCGCCUCUCUUCUUACUCUGAACAACAUCAUCAUGUCUAAACGGAGAAGCAGCACCGUCAUUGAAAACCCAGACAAGAGGAUCCGGUCAGACGCGGAGGCUGAAGAGGAGGAGGAUGACAAAGAAGAGGAAGAGGAGGAGGACAUUGCCGAUCAUAGAGAUCAUCAUAGGGAUGUUCCUCAGCGGUGUGCUGGAGAUGUGGUCAGUGAUGCAGGGAUUCUGGAGAGCAUCACCCUGAAGAACUUCAUGUGCCACUCCCUCCUUGGUCCCUUCGCUUUUGGUUCCAAUGUCAACUUUGUUGUUGGCAACAAUGGCAGUGGGAAAAGUGCCAUUCUGACGGCUCUUAUCGUUGCCUUGGGGGGUAAUGCACAUGCCACUAACAGAGGAUCCUCCCUCAAGGAUUUUGUGAAAGAAGGAGAAAGUUCAGCCGACGUAUCGAUUACUCUGCGUAACAAAGGAAAGGAUGCUUUCAAACUGGAGGUCUAUGGUCCAUUGAUCACUGUGGAAAUGAGAAUAACACGAGAUGGGUUGAGAACAUACAAACUAAGAAGUAAAGAUGGUCAAAUCAUCUCAACCAAAAAAGAAGAACUCAUUUCUAUUCUGGACAAUUUUAAUAUUCAGGUUAACAAUCCCGUUUCAGUUCUCACCCAGGAAAUGAGCAAACACUUCCUGCACUCUAAAGGAGAAGGGGACAAGUAUAAGUUUUUUAUGAAAGCCACCCAACUGGAGCAAAUGCGAGAAACGUUUGUUUACAUUAAAGCCACUAAGCAAGCCACUCAACAUAAAAUUGAACAACAGAAUGAACAUCUGAAAAGGCUGAGAGAAGAUUACAAAAGGGAGGAAGAGCGUUACAAGAGCCUGGCUUCUGUGGAUGAAAUUCAAACCAAACUGGAAGAAUUACAGAAAGAAAUGGCCUGGGCGUUGGUUUCUGAGCUGGAGCACAAUCUGGAACCAAAGAAAGAGAAGCUGGAGGCAGACAGACGUUCCACGCAAAAGUACGAUGAGAAGGUCAAUGAAUGGAAGAGUAAAGUGGAGGAAGCUGAGAAGAAAUACAAGCAGACGGAGGAGGAUUUGGAAAGGAUAACCCAGCAGGUCCAGGAGCUUCAGCCCAAAUGUGUUGAACUGAAGACUGAAGCUCAGAGACGAAACAACUUACUAAAGUCAUGUGAGGUCACCGUUCACAGAUGCAAGGCAAACCUAAGAGACCUGGACAAGGACAAAGUGCAGCUUUCCACACGAAUUAAAGAUCUCAAAGUCAGCUUCAGCCAGUCCACUGGAGCGGAGAGCCAGGCCAGAGCAGAGCGGAUGAGCCAGAUCCAAGCUGAGCUGGAAAACCUGAACCAUCAGAAUUCCACUCUGGUCCAGCAGAUCGAGCAGUACGGAAUGGCUAACAUCCGCACCAGAGAAGAGCAAGGAAAGGUCAGGAUGGAGCAUGAAACCAUCAAGAAGUCUAUUGAAGCCAGCAGCAGAAACCUGAGGAUUUUAGAGAGCAGUCGCUCUAACCGACUCCGGCGGUUUGGGGAGCACAUGCCCAACCUGCUGGACGCCAUCGAAGUAGCUCACCGACGCGGCCAGUUCAAGCACAAACCCAGGGGACCUCUUGGUUACCUUAUCAGUCUUAAGGACUCAGAGCUGGCCCUCGCUGUGGAGAUAUGCCUGAAGAACCAGCUUCACGCCUUCACCUGUGACAACUAUGAGGAUGAGAAGGUCCUGCAGGACCUCAUGAAAAAGUGCUACCCUUCAGGCCGCAGGCCCAGCAUCAUUACCAGCCCUUUUUUUCCAAAGGUUCAUGACACAAGAAGAAGGGCCGUGAAUCAUCCCGAAUUCCCCUCCGUCCUUCAAGCAUUGGAAAUUGAGGACCCCGUUGUGGCCAACUGCCUCAUCGAUCAAAGAGGCAUCGAGAGCAUUUUGCUCAUUAAAAACAAUACUCAAGCUCGGAAAGUGAUGCUGGGCAAAAAUCCUCCUCGAAACUGCACACAGGCCUUUUCCAAAGAGGGAGAUCAGAUCUAUACCAACCGGGUUUACUCUGCCGAUCAGACCAGAGCAAACUGUCUGUCUGGAGACGUUGAGGAGGAGAUCAGGCUCCUGCAGAGGGAGCUGGAGAACCAGAAAGCUCAAGAAUUUCGUUUCCAGCAACAAAUGAAAAAGCUGGAGAACGAGAUCAAACAGAAUGAAAUCUUAAUCAAAAAAUGCCAAAUGACCCAAAAAUCCACUAAAGACAAAAUGACUAAGCUGCAGCUGGAGCUGACGGACCUGCAGAACAUAGAAGAACCUCAGUCAGAAGACCUGAAGGCACUGGAGGAAGAUUUACAGGAGGUCAUCGCCAAGAUUUCAUCGAAACAGGCCGAGUACGACGAAGCAAGAGAUCAGAUGUCCAAGCUCAAGGAGAACUAUGAGGAGGCAGAGCAGGAAUACAAGCAGCACAAAGAGUCCAUCAACACCCUUAUUGAGGAGGCGGAUUCAGUUAAGGAGGAUCUGAGUAAAACCGACCAGGAAGUUGUACGAUGUAAACAUCACACCAAACAUUAUGAAGAGAAGCGCAGUGCCCACCUGAAGAACAUCCAGUCUCUGGAAGCAGAACUUAGAAGCAAAGAGGAGGAACUGCAGGAGUCUGCAGCAAAGGCCGCUCAGAUUUGUCCCGAACGCUUAGACGCCUGUCGGCCGGCCAAAAGUUUGGACAGCGAAAUAAACCGCAUGAAAGUGAAGAUCGCCACCCAGCAGGAGCAACAGGGGGACCGCAGUGAGAUUGUCAGGCAGUUUGUGAAGGCCAGAGAGAGCUACAAGAGCAUGUCGCAGCAAAUACGGAACCUCAACUCUUUCAUUUAUAGCCUAACCAGCGUCAUGAACAAAAGGCUCCAGGCUUACACAGAGUUCAGGAAAUUUUUUUCUGCUCGCUGUAAGUACUACUUUAACAGCAUGCUGGCUCAGCGAGGAUACAGCGGAAGUAUGAUCUUUGACCACAAGAAUGAAACCCUUUCCAUCACAGUCCAACCGGGUCAAGGAAACACGGCUGACUUGAGCGACAUGCGCUCCCUGUCUGGAGGCGAGCGCUCCUUCUCCACCGUUUGCUUUGUCCUGUCUCUCUGGGCCAUCACAGAGGCGCCUUUUCGCUGUCUGGACGAGUUUGAUGUUUACAUGGACAUGGUGAACAGAAGGAUUUCUAUGGACAUGAUGCUAAAGGUGGCUUCAGGUCAGCGCUUCAGACAGUUCAUUUUCCUCACGCCGCAGAACAUGAGCUCUCUUCCGAUAUGCAGCAACAUCCGUAUCCUUCGCCUCAAAGAUCCAGACCGAGGACAAAACAACUCAUCAAAAUGAGUAAAAAUGUAGUAAAGGUUACCGUUGUCAGCAAGACGUUCCUCUGUAACUUAAAAAAGUUUAAGUUCAAAGAUAUUUUCAAACAUUUCUUGUAAAGUCUGUUAAAACUUUAAUAAGCUAAAAAGGAGAGUUUGUUCUUUCUGUUCAACUUUAUGGACGUUAACGUUCACCAGAAUUGUUAAUAAAUAAAAUACUUUCCAGACAGGAAUCGUGUAUGUUCUGUGUAUAGCUGUUAGUUCAACAAUGUUAGUCCUUUUGUAUCUCAAAAAUGGUUAUAAAUAUGGCAUCAUUUGUGUAUUUUUUGUCAACUUUUUGAAGCAAAUUUGGUUUAUCUUUCAUUUAAACAUAUUUGCUUAAUGCACUUUCUAACAUUUCUGUGCACCUCAAGUGUCAAAAAGUUUUCAGACUGUUUACAACUGUGGACCUAAAAAUAUCAUUUUAGUGAUUGUUGUGUUUAUUCCUCAUUCACAAAAGCAUAACAAGAACUGUGUCCAUGUUUGAACACAUUGGAGGUAUUUCCAAGUCCUUAUACCAAAUUAAAUGCACUUUUGGAACAAAA